AACCUAGUAAAAGUCGCCGUUCUGUCUGCUAAAAAGGAUGAACAACUAAAGGUUAUAGAAAUGGGAAAAGUGCCAAAUUAUGGGGCUCCAUAAAAAAAAAAAAAAAAAUACUCGAGUAAAUGAUUUCACCGCGAUAAAGCACUCACUUUUUCUCUUCUUAGAUUUCCUUUGUCUUUUCUAGAGGGAUCAAGUUACCUUUUGGAUGGUCAUCAUUCACAAAACUAUUGAACUGAUUCUUCUCUAGCUUCUACUUUUCAACUAUAUCUAUCUAAGUAUUACAUCCAUCUCAAUUUUUUUAGAAGCUUUUCAUCAAUUACUUUUAAUGGGUUUAUCUAUUAUUUUUGUGGGUCAUUUUUCAAUUUGGAUUUUACCAACCAAAUUUUGGAAUCUAAAGUCUUUUUUUCAAACCCACCAUUUCUGACCUUUAGUUGCAUCAGCAUCUACUCUUGACUUGUUAAAAGAGGAUAUUUACUGAUUGAACAUGCUGUGAAGCUUCUUAAAGCUAUGUUCUUUAGUGAAAAAAGGGGCGCUUUCAAUCUUUAUUGCUAGGACUUUUGUAUUGAAGGGUAUAGGAUGUGAUUUUGAGAAGAUUGAAAAGUUUGACAUAAAAUUCUGUUCUUUUUUAGGGUACCCUAAAGACAAAGGUUUCAGAGGUGUAAAGGAUUAAAUGGAAGAAUUGCUGAUAUUCACAUAAAGGCAAAACUGAAACUUGGGAGAAAUGGGAUCUUUUAAAGGUCAUAUAGUUCCAGGAACACUGUUUUUACUGGUGGGUUUAUGGCAUAUAUGGUGCAGUGUGUACAGAUAUGUGAGCAGUCCUAAAAAGUUUCGGAUCCGGGUCUGGAAUCCGGUGCCGGGUUUUGAUGGGAGACUCAAGUAUUUGGAGCUGUAUGUGGUGGUGAUUGGUGCUUUUAUUGAUUUGUGCAUAGAACUUGUGUAUGCACCUCAUCUUAAGUACUUUGUUAAUGGGGUUUUGAAUCCUAAUCAUAUGAAUAAUUUUGAGCACUCAGGGAUGCUUAUCAUGUUCUUUAUCUUCGGCCUCAUCGCCCUCAUCUCGGUGAAAUCUAGUUUUCUACCGUUACCAGAUGGAGCGCUUUCUUUGAUUGCGGCUUCAGCAUUCUCUUCAGAGUACCUUUUAUUUUACUUCCAUUCGACAAAUCACAAAGGCCUAGAAGGUUACUAUCACUACAUCCUGGUUCUCCUAAUAGGCUUGUGUGUUGUAACUAGUGUUGGUGGCGCGUUAGUCCCGUCGAGUUUCCCUCUUGAUUUAUCCAACAGCAUCUCCAUAACUCUUCAAGGCCUCUGGUUCUAUCAGACUGCAUUCACACUCUACGGACCCAUGAUGCCAUACGGCUGUCAACUUAAAGGAGAUGACAUUGUUUGUAACUCAACAGAGUCUCAAAUCAGAGGAGAAUUGUUUGCAAACUUCCAGUUAUUUUCAAUGGUGGUUGGUGUUUUUGCAGUAAUUUCUGUGUCGUAUAGUUUAGUCAAUUCACGAUAUAAUCGCCCUAAUCGGGAGAACUCGCAGACAGAUGAUGUUAAUUUGUAGAUACUAAAAUAGAUGAUGUCAUAUUUCCUUCAUUUCUUCUUGUUCAUUGUUAUUUUCCUUAGUUUGCUGGAGAAAUUAAGAGAAUUUGCUAGUUUUAAUGCCUUUUGUUUACAUUUGAUUGAUCUCGAAACUAGUUUUUUCGUCUUUGUUUACCAAAAUGUAAAAAGUAUUGAAUAAUACAAAUAAGUUCAAAUUACACCCUUAGAUUUGUUGGAUGAGUCAA